CAAAUGGUUAUCAUCUUCUUUUUAACUUCAUAUCAUACUUUCCCACCGUAUUUCACCGUCACUGUAAAAUCCUACCACCGUUCAUAUUUCCUCUCCUUUAGGUACGUUUUCCUCUUCCAUUUCACCUCUAAUUUUAUUUACAUUUCCCAUAUCCCACAUUAAAACCCUUGCAUGGCCAAAAGAAAACUAGAACUAGAAGAACAAGUUGAUAGGAUCAGUAGUUUACACAAUGAAGUACUUGCUAAUAUCCUUUCAUUCCUACCAACAAAAGAAGCUAUUGCUACUAGUGUUUUGUCACGUAGGUGGGUUUCUCUUUGGACACUUACUAAUUCUCUUCAUUUCCCAGAAAAUUGUCCAACAAGAAAUAACUUUGUUCAAAUUGUGAAAAGUGUCUUAGCUCAAAGAAAACCAAGUUGUAUGAAAAGAGUUUCAUUCUCUAUCCACAAUAACUGUUAUAUCCCACACUUGGUUAGUUCAAUAGUUUGCAUGGCAAGUAAACAAAAAGUUGAGGAGAUAGAUCUUUCUUUAUAUAGUUUAAAAGUUUAUUUGCCUUGUGAGAUUUUCGCUUGCGAAACACUCGUUGUUUUGAAGUUGGUUGGGAGAUUUUACCUGAACCUUCCUUCUCAUCUUCAUCUUCCUUUGCUGAAGAUUUUGCAUUUAUGUAUUUCGUGCAUUGUUGAAGAUAAAGCUCUUAUGAAGCUUUUCUAUGGCUGUCCUGUUCUUGAGGAACUUUACUACGAGGAUGUCGAGUUUAAAUGUAGCUCUUUGUUUGGAAUAUGUGUGCCUACAUUGAAGAGGUUACAUGUUAGGAGUUUUGAUGAAAAAAUUCAUAUUAACACUCCUCUUCUUGAGUACCUUGUACUUGAAGAAACUAAGGCGAGUAAUUAUGAGGUUGAGAAUUUGAACAAAUUGAAAGAAGCACGUAUUGGUAUCUAUUUUGAUCAUGAAAAUAAAGAAGUAAAACAAAAUAUAUCAAAUCUCCUCAAUGGCAUUCAUAAAACCAGGUUUCUUUGCUUAGAUAUGGAUUCCACAGAGGUGCUUACUUAUGCUUGUCUAGAAUUUCCAACAUUUAACAAUUUGGGUUAUCUACAAUUAUAUUUAAAAACCUUUAACUCACAUUUUCUAGUUAAACUGUUACUAGAAAAAUGCCCCAAUCUUGAUGUUCUUGAGAUUAUUAAGGUUGAUGACCUAUGCGAUAAUGAAAUUAAAUGGGCAGAACCAACAAUAGUUCCUAGCUGUCUUUCAUCACACCUUACUACUUUCAUAUUCAGAGAUUAUGAAGGCACGGAUGAAGAGUUUGAACUUAUAAGGUACAUUUUGAAGAGUGGAAAAGUGCUUGAGAGGACCACAAUUUAUUUCGGAAGUAGCUGGGAACCAAGCGAGGCAAGAGAUGCUGUGUCGGAAUUAUGUUCCUUGCCAAAAGCCUCAAAAGAUAACAGGAUUAUGUGCUUCGAAGUUGCCUUGAUGGCAUAAUUAUGUUCUCUGUGCUAGUCUGCAGCAUUGUAUCAUCUCGAAGUUUUUUGUUGGUUUUAGUUUCUGUGUUUCUCGGGUGCUCGCAUGCUUAGACUGCCUCCACUUUUCUGCUGCGUUUUUCUUUUGGGUUAUGUGAUCUGUAUAGUUCUGGUAGGGUACUUUGUAAUUUUCUCUUGUUUAUGGCUGGGUGUUGUGUUGUGUUUUCAACGGGCCGAUUUGUGUGCAUGUAUGCCUUGGUAGCUGCUUGUACAGUUUAAUGUACUCUCGGAUGUCUAUUUCAAAAACGUCUUGUGCUCGAAAUAGUCUAUUUCAAUGAAGA